GACCCAAAGCAUAAGUCUACCCUUGUCCAUUGCGGCUACAGAUAUGGUAGCCCGGGAACUGGCGUAGCAACUCUGCAGCUGGACGCUACACGGGCCGUCAACCCUCCUGAAUCGGAGUGGAUGAGUGAGCUUGUGAGAUUUGAGGGGAUUCGAGCGGGUGACUCCUUACAUUUCGCAUUUACAGCAACCCCCAAAAGGCCAGUGCGAUACUGA